CCACAUCACAUCUUGACAACACCACCAUUGGUUCUUGGGAGGAAGAGGCACAUCUGGAAUACAGCGUAUCUUCAAGACCUGCAGCAUCCUGAACUCCUUCGGGAUUUCUUGCAUCAGAUCAACCAGUCAACACCCCGUUUCAGAAUCCAGAUCUUAUCCGCCGGCGUGAGGACGGUAACUUCAAAUUUUGUGUUGUACCAAUCACUGCACACGACAUCCACCAAAGAAGGACGGAAGAGGAAACAUACCUUUCGUCAACCUGCGUUUUCGUCAGGAUUCACGACACAUCUCUACACUUACAGCAAAAGUCACGCGUCUGCCACGCCUGUCGCAUUCCGCGGCUGCUUCCAAAAAGGGUCCGAAAAGGUCAAAUCGGGACAAGGUCCUGACCUACGGAAGAAGAGAGCAGAGAGGAAGAGAUAGGCAAGCCACAUAUAUCUAGCCCAGCAAGAAAAAAAGGGAAAAGGAAGAAAAUAUGCUGUCGGAAGAAUUCGUUUCGGCCAUCUGCGGCGCUCCUCUGAGCUCCAACACGUCCAUCGCCAAGGACGUGGGCAUCUACGGCCACACUCUGAGCCCUACCUACUCAGUCAAGUACAACUUCAAGAAGAGCUCGGCGCCGGUGAACUGCGUUGCCGUCAGCGACUCACACGUCUACGCUGCUCAAGAAAAUAAAGCCUAUGUCCACGUUUACUCAAGGAUACGCGGCAACCAGGAGGCCUUUGUGGCCUUCCCCGAAAGAAUUCGGUGCUUGACUUUGGCUGGUGACGUCCUCGUACUGGGCACAGCAGAAGGUCGGCUCAUGCUUUGGGAGACAUCCACCGGCCGCUUAGUCUCAACCCCAGCGCGCCACGUCCAAGCAGUCUCCUGCGUGAUAGCCACGCCCUUCCACGUCCUGACGGGCUCUGACGACUCAGACAUCCACGUGUGGUCCCUCUCCUCACUACUCGAGCUCACCCCUUCAUCUGCCGAACACGAGCCAGAGCGGAGUCUCUCCAACCACCGCGCCGCCAUCACCGCCCUCUCCGUCAACGCCUCCGUUUCUUACGACACCAACCUCUGUGUAUCCGCCAGCAAAGACAAGUCCUGCAUCAUCUGGAACUACCAAACCGGUGACGCACUGCGCACCCUCUUGUUCCCCACUUCUCCCUUGUGCAUGUCUCUAGACCCGGCCGGGCGCGCCAUCAUCGUCGGGUGCGAGGACUCGUCGCUGUACAUGGCCGAGUUCUUCAAGGGCGACAGCAAGGCGCUGCUGGGCGCGCAGUCCGAGGACGCGGCAACGGUCAUGCAGAUCUCGCAGCCGUUUGGCGCGACACAGCCUACUGGUGCUGGCCCAGCGUCUUGCUUGGCUUUUAGCUACGACGGCACGACGCUCCUGACGGGCCACCCCAAGGGCCAGAUCAUGAAGUGGGAUGUGGUGGAUAACAAGGCCCCGGUGGAGUUGACGAACCUUAAUGCUGCCGUGACAAAUUUGGUGUUCGUCUCGCCCUUUGAGUCCAAGGGCGGGAACAAGGCGACCAAGACAUCGACGAUUGUCAAGCCUAACCAGGCGGAACGCGCUUAUACGGUUACGACGCAGCUUGAGGCUGAUCUGAGGAGCCCGACGAGGGUUGAUGAGUUGGUGAACUCGACUGGUUUCAGUCAGCAGGCUUUGGAGAACGCUAUCGCGGAAUUCCAGCAGGCCUUGGCAGAGAAAGAGUAUGAGAAGAAGGAAUGAAACGAUGUUUAGGGGUGGAUCAGUUGGUGAGCACGUUGAGGAUAAUUUCGACGCUGCACGACUGAUCGAGAUCGUUUUCUGAACCCGGUCUGGCUAUGGUCAACUUAUUAGGGACAAAUGAGAACCGACAUGGUCAGGGUGGGUUCGCCAUGUCCGUACAUAGAUAUCUAGAAGAUUCUGUAUAUGUCGCAGAUACCCCUCAAUAUAAAUGUUUAGAUCAAGAGGCG